GGAGCAGCGCGGUGGGGCAGCCCCGCCGCUCCCGUCUAUGGGGCGGCGCUGAGCGGCGGCGCGGCGGGAGGGCGCCGGGGGCAGCAUGAAGUCCCUGCUCUUCAGCCGCUUCCUUCUGCUGCUGCCCUGGGUGCUCAUCGUCAUCAUCGUGCUGGACAUCGACAGCAGCCGGGCGCCGCUGCCCGCGCUGUCCCCCCGCGGCGGGGCCGAGGGCGGUAGCGGCGGGGCGCGGCCGCCCGCCCCGCGGCGGCGGCCCGAGGCGGGGCUGCCCACCAUCUAUGCCAUCACGCCCACCUACAGCCGCCCGGUGCAGAAGGCCGAGCUCACCCGCCUGGCCAACACCUUCCGGCAGGUGUCGCGGCUCCACUGGAUCCUGGUGGAGGACGCGGCGGCGCGCAGCGAGCUGGUGACCCGCUUCGUGGCGGGCGCCGGGCUGCCCUGCACGCACCUCCACGUCCCCACGCCGCGCCGCUACAAGCGCCCGGGGCUGCCCCGCGCCACCGAGCAGCGCAACGCCGGCCUGGCCUGGCUGCGGCAGCGGCACCAGCACCUGCCGCCCCCGCAGCCCGGGGUGCUCUUCUUCGCCGACGACGACAACACCUACAGCCUGGAGCUGUUCCAGGAGAUGCGGACGACGCGCAAGGUGUCCGUGUGGCCCGUGGGGCUGGUGGGAGGCCGGCGCUACGAGCGCCCGGUCGUGGAGAACGGCAAAGUCGUCGGCUGGUACACGGGCUGGAGAGCUGACAGGCCCUUUGCUAUCGACAUGGCAGGAUUUGCUGUGAGUCUUCAAGUGAUCCUGUCACAUCCCAAAGCUGUAUUCAAGCGUCGUGGUUCUCAACCAGGAAUGCAAGAAUCUGAUUUUCUGAAACAGAUAACAACAGUGGAGGAACUGGAACCAAAAGCAAACAACUGCACAAAGGUUCUUGUAUGGCACACCCGAACAGAGAAAGUGAAUCUAGCUAACGAGCCAAAGUACCACCUGGACACAGUCAAUAUUGAGGUAUGACGUGGGGAAACAGUCCCACGGCAAGAGUAGAACAAGAGGCGCCAGCAUGUGUUCCAGUUCAGACAGCUAAAAUCAUCUGCUUCUGCCUGAGACCUGACAGACUUCUGUGGAAACAAAAGGAAGCUUUCAGAGACUCUAAUAAGAAAAUCAAGUGGGUGUGCUUUGUUCUAACUUGUCUGCAUGCACUUCUGAACUCUCAGCUUAAUAAACUGACACUUACCUUUGUUUUAACGCUGUUUCCACAUAGAGAAACAUGGCUGCGAUGGAGUAUUUUCAAAAUCAUUAUUUAUGUAUAUACUUUUUGUAUUUAUCCAGCUUAAUGGUGUAAUUAUAAACAGAUUUUAACUCACGAACUGUUGGUCUAAAUGUCUGUAUAAAUGGAUCUUCCAAACUGAACAUGUUUUACUUCAUUAAAAGUAGCGGUCAAAUAGGUCGUAAAAUAAUGAAAUAAAAACCCACAAUCAUUUA